AUGCCUUCACAGAGCCACGGACGGAUAUGGCUGGUGGGAGUAGUGUGCCUUUUUCUCGUUCUUCUGGUGCUGAAGUAUCAAUUCAUUCCUAGUCCUCGCGAUGGGUAUUCUUUCACGAGGCAGUACAUUCAUUCAAAACAGACACUCCAGGAUGGGAUAGCAAACGAUACAUUGGGUUUCGAGAAGAUAUUUGCUAUCAACGCACCAUGGAGAACAGACCGUAAAGACUCGAUCUCACUAGCUGCAUCUUACAGCGGCAUUUCUCUAGACUGGAUAGAUGGAGUUCGGGCAGAGGACAUCUUGCUUAAGGCAUAUCCACCUGGUAACCACCAAGAUAUGUCGGAAGGUAAUCGAGGAAGUUGGAGGGCACACAUGAACGCAAUUCGAGAGGUCAUCCAGCAGAAUCUCACAACGGCACUUAUCUUUGAAGAUGAUGUCGAUUGGGACUUUCGAAUCCGAUCUCAGCUAUCAGACUUCAGUCACGCGGCUCGUAAACUCCAAGACAUACUCUCUCAAUCCGAACACGACUCUUCCAAGCCUCCACCUUCCUCAGAAGCGUUAUCUCAGAACGAGCAGGCCAAACUCUCCACUCUUCUCCUCCCACCGAUAUCAAAACUCAGCACUUCCCAUCAAGAACCCUAUGGCCUCGACUGGGACAUCCUCUGGCUGGGGCACUGCGGUGCAAAGCUCCCUCCCUCUUCUCCCAAUUCUCCAAACCGAAUCAUGCUCAGCGACGAUCCUACCGUUCCCGAACCCCAGUACCUGAAGCCCAUGUCCUACGCCCCUCUCGAUGCAAUCGGCACCCUCUAUUCUCCCCACAGCCGCCUCGUCCACCGCGCAAACGAAACCUUAUGCACCAUAGCCUACGCCGUAACUCAAUCCGGCGCCCGCAAGAUCCUAUACGAAUUCGGCGUCAGGGAAAUGACGAAAGGGUACGACUUCGCUCUCUCGGAUUACUGUAACGGUUUGACGCGAGGCGCGACCAAGGAGACCAUGCCGAUGUGCGUAACGGUGCAACCGCCGAUUUUCAGCCAUCACUUUGCGGAGAAGGGAGGUAGUGAUAUCAUGAAGGUCGGUCAGGGAGGGAAGGUUCCCGAGGGGACGCGGUAUGUCAAGUGGAGUGUUAGGAUGAAUCUUGAGAGGUUGGUGAAGGGAGAGGAAGGUAUCGUGGAGCAGUGGCCUGACACUGUUGAUAGGUGA